AUGAGCAGGUCAGUCAAGAAGGGACCAUUCGUGGAUCCCAAGCUGAUGAAAAAGGUCGACAAGGCCAGGCGCGAACGGACGCGCGGAGCGAUCCGCACUUGGGCGCGUGCGUCGACGAUCAUGCCGGACAUGGUUGGCCUGACGUUUGCCGUGCACAACGGGCGCACGUUCGUACCAGUGUUGGUAACCGAGAACAUGGUAGGUCACCGUUUGGGCGAGUUCUCGGCGACGAGAGUAUUUCGUUCUCACGCAGGGAACCGCUGA